UCCUCUGAUUCACCAUUUUCCUUUUCAGAUUCAUUUCCGAAGUUCCUUUCACUCUGUUUUUUUGGUUGUCUUGUAUCCAUAAUCACCAAAAUUCAAAUCUCAUUUUACAAUCUUCACUUUGUCUCCUUUUCCUUUCUGCGUCUAUAUUCCCUUGCCUUAUCUUUCCCUUGAUUCUUUGUCAAUUCUUCGUUCUAUUUAUUGAACUUCAUUCUGAAUUCUGAAGAUGGAAUUUCAUUUUUAGCCCUUAAGGUUUCGAGGAUCGGUGUUAUUCGGUAAAGGAAUAUGAAGGAUUUCUCAGGGACACCUGGAACUUUUCUUGGUUUGAUUCUUAGGAUGACACAGUUCAGUUUUGCUGCUGCUUCAAUUGCUUUCAUGGCUAGUGCUAAAACACCGAUUUUCUUCAAUUUCACUACAUUUUGUUCCUUGAUGACUUCAAUGGCUUUACAAAGCAUUUGGAGUUUGGCACUUGCUUUGUUGGAUGUGUAUGCUUUAGUGAGAAAGAAGAUCCUGCUUAACCCUGCAUUGAUUUGCUUCUUUGCUGUUGGAGAUGGGGUAAUAUCAAUACUAUCUCUAGCUGCAGCUUCUGCCUCAGCUGGGGUUACAGUUUUUUACUUCAAUGAUACGGGACACAACUGCCAUUUUGGAGAAGAAUGCCAAAAGUAUCAGAUUUCAGUUGCUUUUGCAAUCUUGAGCUGGAUAUCAGUUUCAAUAUCAUAUCUAAUUAUGCUUUGGCUAUUAGGUGCAACAUAGCUUGGUCGUUGGAUUAAUCUAACAAGUGGGCGUAUUAGAUCUCGACCAUUAGAGUAAUAUAAUGUCAGGAGAGGAUUAUUUAGAGAAUUCUCUCGUCCAAUAGAAAAUUCUCUUGUUGAAUAUUUUCUUUCCAAGUGUUAAUAAAAAAAGGAAAAAGGUAGAGCUUCACAUUUAAA